UUUUGUUGUAUACAUUACUUUUCUCUGUCAAACCGAACUCUCAACAACAAUGGCGACUGAAUCUCCGAAUUCUGUUCAGAAAAUUUUUGUUCAUCUAAGAGCUACCGGUGGUGCUCCGAUACUGAAACAAUCCAAAUUCAAGAUUUCAGGGACUGAUAAGUUUGCUAAAGUGAUUGAUUUUCUAAGACGGCAGCUUCACUCUGACUCAUUGUUUGUGUAUGUAAACAGCGCUUUCUCGCCAAACCCCGAUGAAUCAGUAAUUGAUCUCUAUAAUAACUUUGGGUUUGAUGGUAAACUGGUGGUUAACUAUGCGAGUUCCAUGGCAUGGGGUUAAAGUUGCAUCUUAUGUUGUCUCUCGGUCCAAAAUCAUGGAUCUGGCAGAUGUGAUCUGAUACAAGCUGCUACUCUUUCUUUGGUAGGAGAAUCCAAGUGUAGAUGUGACCCAUACUUGUUGUACAUCCUUAGGAAUGGCACUUCAUCAAUUUUUUUUUUUUUUUAACCUGAAUAGAUAUGACAAAAGUGGAACAGUUUUUGUCUGAUACUUUCAUAUUCAAGAAAUGAUUCAAUCAAGUAAAGAGCUCAUUUUUUUUCU